GUUACCGCCUCGUCGCCGGCUCUCCCAACCUCUACUAAAAUCCCUCUUUCUCUCAUCUCAUAUAAAUCCCCCUCCAACUAAAAUCUUACCCCCAAAUUCGGGGAAAAAAAAAGAAGCAGAAAAGGAAAAAAAUUAUUCAAUUCUCGAAUUCAUAGCAUGUCUGAUCUCUCUCAGCAGAUUGCGAUGUCGAUAAGAACUGUUAAAGUCAGCAAUGUCUCCUUGGGAGCAUCUGAGCGGGACCUCAAGGAGUUCUUUUCUUUUUCUGGUGAUAUUGAAUAUGUUGAGAUGCGGAGUGAUACCGAGAGGUCUCAAAUUGCAUAUGUUACUUUCAAAGACUUACAGGGAGCUGAAACUGCUGUUCUUCUUUCGGGUGCAACAAUAGUCGAUAUGUCUGUCACCAUAACUCCAGAGCCAGAUUAUCAGCUUCCUCCUGCCGCUUGUGCACCACCCAUUACGGAAAGGAAAACUGCGGGUGGUGCAGAAUCUGCUUUUAGGAAAGCAGAGGAUGUGGUUAGCGGCAUGCUGGCAAAGGGCUUUGUGUUAGGUAAAGAUGCUGUCAACAAAGCCAAGACCUUUGAUGAGAAGCACCAGCUGACUUCCACUGCAAGUGCCAAAGUUACUAACUUUGACAAGAAAAUUGGGCUGACUGAGAAGAUAGGCAUCGGUACUUCAAUUGUGAAUGACAAAGUUCGGGAAGUGGAUCAGAAACUCCAGGUUUCAGAGAAGGCAAAAUCAGCUUUUGCUGCAGCUGAGCAAACUGUUAGCAAUGCUGGUUCUGCCAUAAUGAAGAACCGAUACGUUUUUCAAGGAGUUUCAUGGGCAAGUGGUGCUUUUAGCAGAGUUGCUAAGGCAGCAGGGGAAGUAGGCCAAAAGACAAAAGAGAAAGUGGGAAUGGCUGAAGAAGAACAGCGAAGGAAAAUGGUAGAUGACUUUGCUCAAGUUCACUUAUCCGAGUCUCCUAAAGCCUCUGAAUCAAGCGAGCAUCAGCCUUCUAAGCCCCCACCUGCACAGGGUUUGAUCCUCUGAUUUGCUGCUUCAGUGGACCCGUUUGUAAAAUGUCUGAGUUUUGCAGUCUUGGUUCUCUAUUCACUAAGUCAUAUAAUAUGAUGAAUGUAGAACGUGUACAUUAUAUGCCUUUGGGAUGUAUGAUGCAUUCCGCUUCUUAGUUGUUGCCUUGAGAAAAUUCGUGACAUGAAUAUGAACUCGUAUGUGGUUAAUUGGUCUUUAUUCAGUUUGGUCCAAUUGAUUGUUGCACCGGAUUGAUUGGCUCAGAUUAGAAAUCUGUUUCAACUUUGCAUCAUAUUCUUCCCAGCAGUAUUGAAGAGAGGGGGAAUUUGUGCUC